ACUACUGCUCCCAACACCGCUUAUCCUCUAUAUGCCCUUCCCUCCAUCCACUCAUCCAUCGUCUGGCUCCAUAAAAUUUCUUUCCUUUCCUUUACUUUCGGUUUAAAAUUGUUGAGAGAGAGAGAGAGAGAGAGAGAGAGAGAGAGAGCGCGCGCGCGCUAACUCUUCCAUUUUGUUUAUCAGUGUCGGCAUUCAGCGACGCUCUAUUUUCUAGCACCAGGAUCACUCGCUGCGGGUAUCCAUCCUUUCAAUUUCGCUGGCCGAAUCGGUGGCCAUGCAUUGCUGAGAUGAUAUGAUAUGCGAGGAUUGCAUAACUAAAAUACACUUGACGGAGGAGGAGUUGUUUUUCGUUUUCCGGGAAAUUGGAAAUUGGUAAUCGUAUCGAAGCGCGCGCAGCAUGUCGAUACAAAAGGAACCGGAGCAGGUCAUGAAACUAAGAGGGGGAUCCGUGCUGGGGAAGAAGACCAUUCUCAAGAGUGAUCAUUUUCCUGGUUGCCAGAACAAACGCUUGUCUCCGCAGAUCGAUGGUGCUCCCAACUACCGUCAGGCGGACUCGUUGCAUGUUCAUGGUGUUGCAAUUCCUACCAUUGAUGGGAUCCGGAACGUUCUUAACCAUGUUGGGGCUCAAAUAGAUGGAAAACAGACACGAGUACUUUGGAUUAACCUUCGUGAAGAGCCGGUUGUAUAUAUCAAUGGACGCCCUUUUGUUUUGCGUGAUGUUGAGAGGCCUUUCUCCAACCUUGAAUAUACGGGGAUCAACAGGGAUAGGGUUGAACAAAUGGAAGCUCGAUUGAAAGAAGAUAUCCUCUUAGAAGCUGCAAGAUAUGGAAAUAAGAUCCUGGUUACUGAUGAACUGCCUGAUGGUCAGAUGGUGGAUCAGUGGGAACCGGUGACACAUGACUCUGUCAAAACACCACUUGAGGUGUAUGAAGAACUACAAGCAAAACAGUACCUUGUUGACUAUGAACGUGUUCCUGUAACAGAUGAGAAAUCACCAAAGGAGCAGGACUUUGAUAUUUUGGUUGACAAAAUAUCUCAAGCUGAUAUAAACACAGAGAUAACUUUCAAUUGCCAAAUGGGGCGUGGAAGAACUACAACUGGGAUGGUGAUUGCUACACUGGUUUACCUUAAUCGAAUUGGAGCAUCUGGGAUUCCAAGGACCAAUUCGAUUGGGAAGGUCUCCAACUCUGGUUCCAGCAUUGCUGAUAAUUUGCCUAACUCAGAGGAGGCAAUUCGUAGAGGAGAAUAUGUUGUUAUUAGAAGCUUGAUUCGGGUGUUAGAGGGCGGUGUUGAAGGCAAAAGACAAGUGGACAAGGUCAUUGAUAAAUGUGCUUCCAUGCAGUUACAGAACUUACGUGAAGCUAUUGCCACUUAUCGCAAUAGUAUUAUGCGUCAACCAGAUGAGAUGAAGAGGGAGGCAUCACUUUCCUUUUUUGUGGAGUACUUGGAAAGAUAUUACUUCCUUAUAUGCUUUGCUGUCUACCUCCAUACAGAGGGAGCAGCACUCCAUGCUAGAUCCCCUGAUCAAAGCAGUUUUGCUGAGUGGAUGAAAGCAAGGCCAGAGCUGUAUAGUAUUAUUCGCAGGUUGCUUAGGAGGGACCCAAUGGGAGCACUUGGAUAUGUCAAUGCAAAACCUUCGCUAAUAAGACUUGCUGAAUCUUCUGAUGGGCGCCCAUGUGAAAUGAGUGUAGUUGCUGCCUUGAGAAUUGGGGAGGUUCUUGGAAGUCAGACUGUUCUCAAGAGUGACCACUGCCCUGGCUGUCAAAACACAAGUCUACCGGAAAGAGUGGAGGGUGCCCCUAAUUUUAGAGAAAUUCCUGGGUUUCCAGUUUAUGGAGUUGCUAAUCCGACAAUUGAUGGAAUUAGGUCAGUCAUUCAGAGGAUAGGUAGCUCUAAAGGUGGCCGUCCAGUGUUGUGGCACAAUAUGCGAGAAGAACCUGUUAUCUACAUCAACGGCAAACCAUUUGUACUUCGUGAGGUUGAAAGACCGUACAAAAACAUGCUAGAGUACACGGGAAUUGAUCGUGAAAGAGUACAGAGAAUGGAAGCCCGGUUGAAAGAAGAUAUUCUUCGCGAAGCUGAACGCUAUGGGGGUGCCAUUAUGGUUAUACAUGAAACUGAUGAUGGGCAGAUAUUUGAUGCGUGGGAACAAGUCAGCUCUGAUGUAAUUCAGACCCCACUGGAAGUUUUCAAAUGCUUAGAUUCGGAGGGUUUUCCUGUCAAGUAUGCUCGUGUGCCCAUUACUGAUGGUAAAGCCCCCAAAAGUUCUGACUUCGACACUUUAGCUGUGAAUAUUGCAUCGGCUCCCAAGGAUACUGCUUUUGUUUUCAACUGCCAGAUGGGUAGAGGAAGGACAACCACUGGUACUGUGAUCGCUUGCCUUCUAAAACUUCGAUUAGAAUAUGGGAGACCCAUUAGAAUCCUGCUUGAUAGUACAUCCCAUGAGGAGGUGGAUGAUGGUACGUCCAGUGGUGAAGAAACUGGUGGUCAUAGUGCUGCA